UCCUGUUUCUAGCGCUAGUGAAAGAUGGUAUCUUUUCUUAAAGUCUUUCUGUAGGAUAAGGAUUGCAGGGUUCUCUUAUUUCUCUUAUAUAAAGUAAUGGUGCACUUGUUUGUAUGUUUGCCAAGGAUAGAGAUUGCAUGAGACUUUUAAAGUUCUCUCUAAUGGCAACAACACACAUUCAAUCAAGUGUUUUAAUGGGUUCCAAGUAUUUCAAAGCAGCUCAGGAGUUGCUAGAUGAAGUAGUUAAUUUUAGCAAUGGAGUUAAAGAAGCAAAGAAAGUGAUUACUAAGAAGAAGAUCAACAGAGAAGAAGAUAAAGAUGGUGAUGAACUCACCAUUGAAGAGAAGCAAGAGUUGCAAUUGAAGAAAGCCACACUAGUUCGCAUGUUUCAUGAAGUGAAGGAGAGGUACAGGCAAUAUCUCCACCAAAUGCAAGCUCUGAUCUUUACUUUUGAAGCAGUGGCUGGUGUUGGUUCAGCCAAAACAUACACUUCUCUUGCUAUGCACACCAUAUCGAAGCAGUUUCGAUGUUUAUGCGAUGCUAUUUCCGAUCAAAUUCAAGAAAUAAGUAAGUGUUUAGGAGAGGAAGAUCAUUUUGGACCAAGACUUUGGGUUGUUAAUAAUCAGUUAGGACCUCAGGGAGUUCCUCAACAUGUAGUGAUGAUCAAGAACAAUGCUUGGAAACCUCAGAGAGGUUUGCCUGAGCGUGCUGUGGCCAUUCUUCGUUCUUGGCUCAUGGAAAACUUUCUCCAUCCAUAUCCAAAAGUUUCAGAAAAGAACAUGCUUGCAAAACAAACAGGCCUCACUAGAAGACAAGUGACAAACUGGUUUAUAAAUGCAAGAGUGAGGCUGUGGAAGCCAAUGGUGGAAGAGAUGUACUUGGAGGAGACUAAGAAUGAAGAGCAGAGUAUUAAUAGUAAUGGAAACUCUGCAACAAGAACAGAUCACAGUGAAUAUCAGCUCAAGAGUGUAACAAGUCUUUAUUCAUUGCAGCAAAACACAGUUCCAGGCUUGAUGGAUGUUGAGAGUUACUACUCUUAUCCCUUUGUUGGUGGUUUUGCAGCAACUACUGAUGUUUCAUUGAGUCUUGGCCUGCAACACUUUGAGCAAAUCCCACAACCAUCUUAUUAUUUUAUUAGUAACGACUAUUUGAGCUUCAAGAACAAUAUGAACAUGCAAAAUGGAAGGAGUUUUUCUUAGAAUCUUAAACAACAUUGUCAAGAAGAAGGAUAAGGUUUGGUUUCUGAAUGCAGUGUGUGUGUGUGAUUGUUUUCCCACUCAAGUUGGAAAAUUAAAAUAAAUAUCUGUCAUUUUUAGUGCAAUAAUUGCAAAGAGAAGACUUUUGUGUGGAA